AUGGGUUGGGAUAGACAUUAUGGUUUUCAGUUGUAUCAGAGUGAUCCUAGUGGAAAUUAUGGAGGUUGGAAAGCCACCUGUAUUGGUAAUAAUAGUGCUAAUGCUGUAUCAAUGUUAAAACAGGAGUAUAAGGAAGGGGAGACCAAUCUACAGGAGGCCCUGGCAUUAUCUAUUAAA